UAUGAAGAAAUAACUAUCGGACAAACAACACAAGCCGUUCUACAAGAGUCAAGACACGUGGCGUUAAAGAAAGCUAGAAAAAAAAUUCGUUAAAUCACACCUCCGAACCGGAGUUCAUAUCAGUUAUACAUAUGUGAGAUAGCAGGGAAUGUGUAUGGAGCAUAAUUAUAUUAUAAUCUGAAGCAGAAUGUCAUGUGAUCCAGGAAGAAGACAGGGUGCAGGUUAACAAUGUGCCGUCAGAAUAGACAUUUUGAUGCCGGACGAGGUUAUAUCAAUACAAGUAUUCAAAGUGGACUCUCCAGCUUUGCAUUAACAUAGGUUUUUCGUGGGUUGUGUGAAAUUUAAUGGAGAUCCUAACGAUGCUUACAUCGACCAUACCGCUUUGAUUUAAAGACACGCUUGCACUGAAGUUCGUCAACACGGUUAAACUAUAAUCUAACCCCACUUGGAUGACACGUAAUACCUGCGAAAUUUAUUUUCAAUUUCUUAACGGUAAAUAUUCCUUAUGCUAUUAGUGAUUGAAUUGGAUUUAUGAGGAAUUAUAGAUGUGAAAUUAUUUAUGGUUUUAUUGAAUAUAAAAAGAGUGCGAUGUCUGCCUCUCCUUAUGUCUCACGAGUCAAUCAGAUAGAUGCUGUUCAACUCGACAAUGAGAUAUACAAGAUACUGAAAUAUCAGACUGACAAGAUCACCAAAUAUCUACCUCCAGGUAGUAUUGCUAAGUGGCAGCCUGAGAUUAAUGUGCUGCUAAGUUUAGCAAUUUGGAAUUACUCUUUAAGAGCAGGUAAUGCUACCUUCGCGCAACAGUUGUUGAAUUUGAAUUAUGCAAACUUCAAUCGGAAGAAAGCUGUCUUGUAUGUAAUAUUAACUGUUCUACCGCAAUAUGUUCAAGAAAGAUUGGCAGAUGUUAGACUAGCUACAACCAGUGAAAGAAGCGAUAGAAUUAAACUUUAUAUAGAAAGAAUUUCUAGCAUUGUACAAGCUCUUUCUCUUAUAAAUUUAAUAAGCUUCCUACAUCAAGGAACUCAACCUUGUUUAGUAGAACGUAUCUUGGGAAUAUUCAGUCAGUCUACAAAGACACAUAAACCUAGAAGUAUCGGAUACUCUUAUAUGACCCGAGAGCUCCUCUGGCACAGCUUAAUGGAAUUAUUUACAAUUGGUUUACCAAUGUUAAACAUUUAUUAUCUUAAACACACGCUUAAGCGUUUCUGGUCUCGUAAGAAAGAUACAGCUUCCAUGAAAUUCCAUGGUAUCCUGAAAAUGGACCUAACAACAAAGUGUCCGCACUGUGCAGGAAAUCCUAUUUUACCAAAUUCUGCAGGCUGUGAACAUAUAUUCUGCUACUACUGUAUGAAAGCGCACUUUACUGCAACUAAAAUGUUUCAGUGUCCCACGUGCAAUAUGGACCUACAUGCACAGGAUAUGAAACCAUAUAUUGCAUUACAGUAACCUUUCCUGCUCGUUGCAAAAAGCAGAAUAACAUCUAUUUAAAAUAAAAGUGUCAGGUACACAUGUAUAAUAUAUAUUUAGCAUUGCUUACAUAUACCUUCAAAUUUCAUUGAAUAAUGAAAUCAGCAAGGAAUACUAAUUUCGUAACUGAAGUACAAACGUAUACAUGUGGUUAUUUUUUUUAAUUACAAAUCGUUAUCUCAUAUAUUGUAUAUAAGAGAAAUAAACAAUGUUUUCCAAAAA